AUGUCCGUCCCCGGUCCCCCGUCCACUGUUCGAGGCACAGGAAGCCCGCCGCUGUCUUCGCAAUCACUCCAUAACGCCGGCGCACCCCCGUCCGCCUCCUCGACCUUGGACACCCUGCAGAAGAAUCCAAACGACGCAGCCACGAAGCUCGCCGAGGCGAUCGACGACUUCCUGGGCGACCUGGAGAAGAAGUUCAAGGGCAUCAGCGACGAGAUCCUCACAAAGUUGGAUGACAUGGCGGAGCGGUGUGACCGGCUGGAGCAAGAGAUGCUGUUGAGAGACGCGAGCGCGAUGGAGAACGUGGGCGGUGGGAAGGCAGGGAGCACCGCUGGGUCGGGCUGA